UAUCUAUAUGCAAGUUUGUUUUUAUUUGCAGAUAGGAAUCGCUGUACAAAACAUUGCAUUUGUUUGGCUGUAAACCUUGGCUUUUUCAAAGUGUAUUUGUGUUUGUUUUAGUAAAUAUGUAAAAAUUCGAUGAAACUUGAUAAAUCAGUGCUUUACCGGAGUUAUUGAACUCGUGAUAAAACUGUUAAUUACGGGCUAACAAAAAUUCGCAGAUCGUUCAGCAUGGAAAUGUUAACAAUCUAGCUUAAACGUGAUAACACUUUCGCCUCACAAUGGAGGGUGACCCCAACCUGAAGUCCGAGCACGCGGAGAUACGUUCGUUUGUACUUUUCAAAAACUACACCGAGCGGACCGUGGACAUCUACUGGGUGAACUAUUCGUCAAAGUUCAUCCACUACUCAGCCUUGGCGCCAGCAGCCCAAGUACCCGUGAAUACUUACGUUACCCAUCCGUGGGUAUUCAUCGACAAGUUGACCGGUGAGCGAAUGCUAGUCAACGGUAAACCAGUCUACUACCCGGAACCAUGGUACACCAACAUCGACGGCAACGGAAAGCUGAAUCGGAUCGAAGUUCGAAUACAUUACCCACUGCGAAGCUUGAAAGAUAUCUGCACAUGGAGAGUUUUCUCUUCCCUGCAGGAUAAGCACAGCUUCAUCGGACUGGAUAUUCCAAAGACUCUAAUUGAAGAUCUGAGGUCAUGCUAUAAUCUCUAUCUUAUGAGCUCUAAUUUAGGAACGUAAAACACAUGUGAUUUUUAAUACAAAUAGGCCAAACUCUCGGGACAAGGUACCAGGAAUGUUUAACUAACUGGACAAGCAACUAUAGGGACAAUGUUCUCAAUUUGAAAUAUAAGUUGUGAAAUAAAUCCGACUAGACAA